AUGUCUUCUUUUAAAUAUGACCGCUACCAUCCGUAUGAGCAAGAAAGUAAAAACGAAAAUAAUGGUCGCAACAAAGAUCAAGAUCAAGAUGCAGUCUACGGACUGCAUAUUGUUGAUUCUUUCCGGAGGAAAGGUGAAUGCGAGAUAAACCUUUUAGGUUUAGUAAAAAAUAUAAGAUUUCUAGUGCAAUGUAAAUUUGAAAAGAUAACUCCAAGCGACGUAAGAAACUUCACGGAAAUUUUAGCUGGUCACAGUGAGAAUACACUGGGGAUCUUUGCAGCUCCAGCUUUUAGCAAAAAAGCCAGGACAUUCGCAGCAACAUAUCCGAGGCAAAUCUUUUUCAUCAUGGACAAUCUAAAUGAUCAAAAUAAUAUCGAUGAAAUUUAUAAUGAUAUUAUUAGGUACUUAAUUUUUAAAGAAAACGAAAAAAUUGCAUCUAAUUUAACCAGCUAUCAUCGGGAUAUCAAGCGGAUCGGUCAAAUAAAAGCAACGGUAAAAAACCAAUCUUUCGCAUUUUUAAAUUUGAAAAUUCAUGGUAAUGGCGAAUCCGUAGUGGAAAUUCACGAUAUUACUUUUUAG